AUGCCCUUCUCGACCCUGCGCAGCACCAUCAUGGGCAAGAAGAUCCUCAACGAGUACAUCGCGCUCGGCGUGUACGGCCUGACCGGCCUCGGCGUGUACGCGUCGAUGAGCGGCGGCUCGAGCGACAAGAAGGUCGCGUCCGAGCAGGUCGACCCCAAGCAGUCGGCGACGAGCAAGGAGGAGGCCGCGUUCCUCGAGAACUUUAUCAACGACCGUGUCGAGCACAAGGAGAAGGCUGCCGCCAAGCACUGA